AUGCAAGAAAAAUUCUUCGGCACCUACGGCGACCCGGUGAUGGUCUUUUUCAGUCAUCCAGAAAACGCUUGCUCAGCGGCCUUCCGAGUGGAGUAUGAGAAACUUCACGGGACCCUGAAGCAGCAGAGCUACACUAUGGAGCUUCACGACGGUCUUUUCCUGUUUCUUCAUUCCCCUUUAGCACGCAGUGUACCUGAACAGAAUGCCACGGCAUGCAUGCAGAUGCUUUAUGCCUGGCUUCAAACCCCCUUCGGUUCCAGCUUCGCCUCCUUUUUCUCUUGGAGCAGCGGAUUUAGACUGAGAGGCUGGGCGUUGGUGUUGGUGCCCAAGUACUUUUCCAGUACACAAGAAAGCAGUAACUUCAUGCACCAGCUCAGGGCUGACUUGGCUAAGUUUCCGCUGCUGAAAGGAGCGGCGUACAACCGGAACUUUGUUUACUUCGAAAGCGACGAUGCCAUUGUACCUCAAACCAUCAGCAGCUUAGCCAGUGCAGGAUGCGCCGUGAUUAUUGUUUCCCUGUUCCUGCUGCCUUCUCUACGAGGAGCUCUAAUUGUAGUGGCGAUAUUGCUGGUCAUCGACGUUGUUAUCUUGGGUUUUAUGGCUCUUUGGGGCUUGCCACUCAACUUGCUCACAAUGGUGAACCUCACCAUAUCCAUCGGAUUUUCUGUGGACUACGCAACGCACACGACCCACGCAUUUUGCCACUGCAUGGGCCAGAGGAGAGGCCUACGGGCAUUUGAAGCAGUUUUGCUUGUAGGAGGUCCUCUGUUGCAUGGUGCUCUGUCUACGCAGCUAGCGGUUAUCCCUUUGGCAUUUGUUGACAGCCCAGUGCUUUCUGUGUUUUUCAAAAUGACAACAUUGGUGAUAAUUGUGGGGGUUACCCACGGGUUAAUGCUUCUGCCCGUGGUGCUUUCCCUCAUUGGCCCCAUGCAGCAAUCACAGCAGAAAAUGGUGCAGCAGCUUCUGGCACUGCAGCAGCAGUAUGAUAGGAUAGAGGAACAGAUCGUUGCAUGCGGAGGGAGUAGAGAAAACCCCAAACUCAGGAAACAGAGGAAAGCCCUACGCCGCCUCAUCGAGCAGCAGGAGCAGCCGCCCGAGACCGUUAAGGAUGCCUGUGUUGAUUUUGCAGUGGCUCUGUGCCCUAAUCACCCCAAAAACGUAUUCUUAAGACACCCAAGAGUCAGCAAAUGGGUGCAAGGAGCAAACUAA